AUGCCGGGCGGCUGGGAAAUUUACUCGAGCAUUACGCUCACUAUCUAUGAUAUUAUCGUUCACUGGUGGAACGACAAUUAUGUGUGGCGAUGUCCCUUGCCAGUCCUUAGUUCCUUCUUUGCGGCAAACGUUGGACCUCGCCAUAUGGACAUUGGUGUCGGUACCGGGCUUUUCCCUGUACAGCAUCGCGAGCAGAUGCGGCAGAGACACCAAGAAUGGCCUCAGCACUUAGUUCUUGUCGACAUGAACCCUUCCUGUCUCCAAAAAUCUGCCGAACGUAUCGACUGUCCAAGCAAGACUGAAUGUGUGCAGGCUAGUGUUUUCGAGCCAUUCACCGUUCCAGCCGGACAAGGAUCCCUUGGUGCAUCACCCAAAUUUGACUCCAUAUCUAUGAUGUACCUGCUGCAUUGUCUACCUCCGCCAACCGAUCACAAGGCGACUGUGUUUGCGCACCUGAAACGCCACUUGACUGCGGAAGGGACUCUGUUUGGUGCCACUAUCUUAGGUUAUGGCGCACAGCAUAAUCUGCUCGGGCGUCUGACCAUGCGCCUCUACAACUGGAAAGGCAUAUUUGGAAAUACGGAUGAUAACCCGGAGGUAUUUGUCAAGGCAUUGGAAAAUGAAUUUGAGGAGGUCGAGACCCAUAUUGUAGGAGUGGUGCUGCUCUUUCGGGCUCGCAAACCCCGGUUGGCCUGA